AUUAGCUUGUUCCCGGCAGGGAAAACAUUAGCUAUUUAACACUAACAAUACUGUUCUGAUUGUAAACUGUGAAAGAAAUCAUUUAAAGUUAUUCUACCACAGUGGAACAUCAUGUCGGAGGAUAACAACGCAGACAAAUUCAUCAAGGAGACCUCCAUCUUGGAAGAGUACAACAUUAACUGGACACAGAAGCUCGGGGCAGGGAUCAGUGGACCUGUUAGAGUUUGUGUGAAGAAGACGACUCAGGAACGAUUGGCCCUGAAAAUCCUAAUUGAUCGUCCCAAGGCCCGAAAUGAGGUGCGGCUCCACAUGAUGUGUGCUACACACCCCAACAUUGUGCAGAUUAUGGAGGUGUAUGCCAAUAGUGUGCAGUUUCCUCACGAAUCCAUUCCAAGAGCGAGGUUACUGAUCGUCAUGGAGAUGAUGGAGGGAGGCGAGCUGUUCCACAGGAUCAGUCAGCACAGACACUUUACAGAGAAGAUGGCUAGCCAGGUCACCAAACAGAUCGGCCAGGCCCUGGAACACUGUCACUCACUGAAUAUUGCACAUCGAGACCUGAAACCAGAGAACCUGCUCUUCAAGGAUAACUCCCUGGAUGCACCGGUGAAGUUGUGCGAUUUUGGAUUUGCAAAGAUUGACCAGGGGGACUUGAUGACCCCACAGUUCACUCCUUACUACGUUGCACCUCAGGUACUUGAGGCUCAAAGGCGACACCAGAAGGAAAAGUCUGGAAUAAUACCUACCUCACCCACCCCUUACACCUAUAACAAGAGCUGUGACCUGUGGUCCAUGGGGGUGAUCAUCUACGUGAUGCUGUGUGGCUACCCUCCCUUCUACUCCAAGCACCACAGCCGCACCAUCCCCAAGGAUAUGCGCAAAAAGAUCAUGACGGCCAGCUUUGACUUCCCCGAGGACGAGUGGAGCCAGAUCUCUGAAAUGGCUAAGGACAUUGUCCGCAAGCUGCUGAAGGUGAAGCCUGAGGAGAGGCUGACCAUUGAGGGUGUACUGGAACACCCCUGGCUCAACUGCACAGAGGCCCUGGACAACGUGCUGCCCUCCGCACAGAUGAUGAUGGACAAGGCAAUGGUAGCAGGGAUCCAGCAGGCCCAUGCUGAACAGCUGGCUAACAUGAGAAUACAGGACCUCAACAUCAGCCUCAAGCCACUCAACUCCGUCAAUAACCCCAUCCUGAGGAAAAGGAAACUCCUAGGCAGCAAGCAGAGGGAUGGCUUCUUCAUCCACGAUCCAGAGAACGGCGGCGAGGACGCCAAUGUGGCCCUGGAGAAACUCAGAGACGUAAUCGCUCAGUGUAUCCUCCCACAGGCUGGGGAGAAUGAGGACGAGAAACUGAAUGAGGUGAUGCAUGAUGCGUGGCGUUUCAACCGAGACUGCAAACUACUGCGAGACGGGCUGCAGGGCCUCAGCUGGGAUGGACGGGCCUUCUCUGACAAAGUGGACCGCUUGAAGUUGGCUGAAAUAGUGAAACAGGCCAUAGAAGAAAAGACACAUUUACAAGACUCUCCGUAGCAAGUGAUUUAUUUGUAUCUCCUUUUGUAUCGUUUAUUCUAACAUUUUUUUUAAGCCAAUGACUGUAGAGGCAUUUUUAUGUAAAUUAACACGCUAAAACUAUAGGAUUUUUUUUAAAGAAUUCACUUGCAAGACUAUUGUACUGUAGAUAUAUUGAAAAGAGGCCUUGUUGGCACUAUAUAUUUUUUUUUAUGAACGACUGCAAAGAAUAAACAAAUCCUUAUAUUUUCGUAAAAAAGAAGAGGAAAAUCACAAAAAUAUUAUUUUCUGUAACCCACUGGAGGGAAUUUUUACAAGCUGCUUGUCCUGGAUGUCCAUGGUGAUGUUUUAAUCUCACUCGUUUUUAUUUAAUUUGAUUCUUAUUCCUUUACCUUUUUAACAAUGCUACAAGUUGUAUUUAUUUCACAAAGAAACCCUUAUUUCUGACCAUGAA